AUGGUGAAUCGCAACGAGAGGAGAGCUGUCGUGUGUGUCCUGUUAGCAGUGACUGCUGUCGUUGCAGCUGCUUCAUAUGACCGUGAACGUUUAGAAAUUGCCAAGCAAAUUCUUGAGGAAGUCCCUCUAACAGACGGCCAUAACGACCUACCAUGGAACAUUCGCAAAUUUCUACGCAAUCAAAUCAACGAGUUCGAACUAGACACCGACCUCACGCAAGUGGAACCUUGGUCGAUUUCGAAAUACUCGCACACUGAUCUACCGCGUCUAAGAGCAGGAAUGGUGGGAGCUCAGUUUUGGUCUGCCUUCGUACCGUGUGCCGCGCAGAACAAAGACGCGGUACAACUUACUUUGGAACAGAUUGAUGUUAUUCAGCGCCUCGUCGAAAAAUACCCUCAACAACUUCGUCUCGCUACUUCGGUUAAAGAUAUUCUCGAAGCUCACAGCGCGAGACCCCGUAAGAUCGCUUCCCUGAUUGGCAUCGAAGGAGGUCAUUCAAUUGCUAAUUCUCUCGGAAUGCUCCGAACGUACUAUCAGCUUGGUGUACGGUACAUGACUUUGACUCACACCUGCAAUACACCAUGGGCCGAUUCAUCCAACGAACCACCUCAUACAAACGGACUCACUGAAUUCGGAAAGAAAGUGGUCCGCGAAAUGAAUCGCCUCGGCAUGUUGAUUGAUUUGUCUCAUGUGGGCGAAAAUACGACUCGUGCUGCCAUUCGACUUUCAAAAGCUCCGGUCAUCUUCAGCCACUCUUCAGUAUACAGUCUAUGUCCCCAUAACAGAAAUGUCCCUGAUGACAUCAUUCAAUUACUGAAAGAAAACGGUGGUCUUAUCAUGGUGAACUUUUUCCCUGAUUUCGUGAAGUGCUCUCCGAAUGCUACCUUAUCUGAUGUUGCUGAACACUUCCAUUAUAUCAAGAGGAUGAUUGGCGCCGAUUACGUAGGCAUCGGCGGAGACUUUGAUGGUGUGAAUAGGGUUGCCCGUGGACUGGAAGAUGUUUCUAAAUACCCGGAAUUAUUUGCUGAGCUCCUUAGAAGUGGACAGUGGACCGUUCAGGAACUGAAAAAUCUCGCCGGACUUAAUAUGUUGCGUGUGAUGCGACAGGUCGAAAAGUUACGUGACGACAUGCGUACAAACGGUGCUGGACCAGAGGAACAUACUGACUCCCCCAAAGACAACGGCAAUUGCACGAGCAACGCGUUCUACCUUGAAGAAAUCUAAAUUACUUUGGCGAUAAAGUUUGCAUACAUAUACCAAAAGGACCAUAUAAUUUGCCGUAAAUUACGAGUAUAGACUUCAUGACGAGAGAUAUUAUUCAAAAAAAGGCACACAACAAAUCUAAAAAGUUCCUUUUGGUAAAUGUACGAAAAUCAAAUUGAACAUCGAUAUACAAUUUUAAACAAAUUUAUUUCAACGAUAUCAUGAUAAUAACAUUUGUCUUCUAUAAGUAUGAUGAUAGGAUAUGAUGUGUCUCGAAAUAUUCGUAAAUGAUUCAGUACAGAAUGGGUUUAUCAUCAGAGAGGCUUCAUGUCUCGGGUAAAAGCGUUGAAGAAGCGAUAUACAAUUAUGCCAUUUCUUAAUUUCAAUUAAACUUAACUUUUCACUUUAAAUAAAACAGAGUAAAAAAUUAAA